UAAAGUUGUCGCAGAAAGUGAGAGAGAUAGAAAAACUUUUUGCACGCAAGCGCCUACGGCUAACUUCCGAAGAUCGCGUGCAAUCUUCAGUCAAGAGCAAACGUACGACACCACGAUCAAGGAAUUACAAAAAUGAAGAUCGCGGACGCGUCUCCGGUCGAUGAGCGUACGCUGUUCCAAAAUUUUAAUUACAAAUCGGAUACGGAAUACGUAAUGAGGAUCGCCAAGAUCCUGUUGAGCCCAGUCGGCGUCUGGCCGCUCUAUAGGAAUGACACUAUACUCGACAAGAUCAAGUACUUUUUCCACACAAGUUUUGUGUUCAGUCUGAUGGGCUUUCUGCUGGUGCCGCACGUCAUAUACACCUUCUUCGACGCUGAGGAUCUGACCAGGUACAUGAAGGUGAUAGCCGCGCAGGUGUUCAGCCUGCUGGGCAUCAUCAAGUUCUGGACGAUGAUCAUUAAUCGGGACGAAAUCAGUUGCUGCUUGCGGCAGAUAGAGAUCCAAUACCGAGACGUGGAGUGCGAAGAGGAUCGACUGGUGAUGGUGAGGAAUGCCAAGCUCGGUAGACAGUUUACGAUUAUGUACUUGGGGCUGCUGUAUGGUGGCGCGCUGCCUUACCACAUAAUCAUGCCGCUGGUGGCCGAGAGGAUCAUCAAGGAAGACAACACGACGCAGUUACCACUGCCGUACCUCAGCGACUACAUCUUCUUCGUGGUGGAGAACUCGCCGGUCUAUGAGAUAUUCUUUGUCACGCAGAUCCUGUUCAGCACCCUAAUUCUGUCCACAAACUGCGGCGUCUACAGCUUGAUCGCUACCUGCGUGAUGCACGCCUGCUGCUUGUUCGAGGUCGCUCGUAGGCAUAUAGAAACGGUGAUGGUCGAUGGAACUGAUGGUCUCCACGAGCGAUUCGGCCAUAUAAUUGCGCAGCACACGCAAGCACUCAGAUUUUCUGAGAUGAUCGAAAAAUCGUUAAACAUUGUUUUUCUGUCAGAAAUGGUUGGAAAUACCAUUAUCAUAUGUUUUCUUGAAUAUGGAGUUCUCAGGGAAUGGGAGGACAAUCAGAUAUUUGGCACGAUAAUAUAUUUGAUUUUAGCAAUUUCGAUUUUGGUAAAUGUCUUUAUCUUAUCAUCUAUCGGUGAUCGUCUUAAAGAAGAGAGUGAAAAAAUCGGCGAGGCAUCGUAUUUCAUCAACUGGUACGCUCUACCAGCGAAAAAUAUGAGCAACUUAAUUAUGAUGAUGGUCAGGUCGAAUCGUUCAUCAACUCUGACAGCCGGUAAAAUAUUUGAUAUCUCUCUGCAAGGUUUCUCCGAUGUAUGCAAGACGUCAGCGGCGUACUUCAAUUUUAUUCGAAUGAUUACAGCGUAAUGUUUGUUUAUCUGCUGAAAUAUCAACUAUCUCGCUCGAGAGACAUUUCAAUUGUCAAUUUCUUAUUUUCACACACACUCAAAUAUAAUAAUACUGA